AUGGCGUAUUCGAAUGAUGAGAAUGUAUUGGCUGGUGCUUGGUGGACACACCGGUAUUUAGCAGAGGAGGCGGCCUCUCUCUUAUCAUCCCCCACGACAGAGGGUGAUAUUUCUUCCUUACUGCAAGAGAUUAGAAAUAAAGCUAGGGAAAUGUUGAAGGUACAUAUUAACACCAUUACCAAUAAUAAUAAGAAUAAGAAUAAGAACGAGGUGGAUACUUCUGUGAAUGCUGAAACGUUAACGCAAUGGUGUGAUGAACUUAUUUUGAUACGAGAUAGAUUGCUUAAGGUAUUGACUAGAGAAAAAGAACAGCAAGAUCAAGGGGAGGUGGAUAAACCAUCUCUGGAGAAUGAAGUCUCUGGAGGAACCAAUAAUACUAAUACUACGACUACGAAUACUGGGGAACCGGAUAAUAACACACUCUGGUGGAGAGUGCAUGAAAUGUUAAUCACCACCGUUAUUGGUGAAUGGGCUUCACAAUGGAUUAAGAAUGAUAAUAAUAAUAAUAAUAAUAAUAAUAAUAAUAAUAAUAAUAAUAAUAAUAAUAAUAAUAAUAUUAGUGGUGUUGGUAGUGGAACCUCUUGUUCCUAUACUAUUGUGGACUCUUUUCUCGUAGACAUCGCCUUUACACAUACAUCCAGUUGGGGUGUACAAGAUAAUAUAUCCUUAAUAGAUAUUGUAUGGUCCUUUGUGGUAGAUAUAUUAGGUAUGACCCCUAUUGAACAGGAACAACAUCUCCCACAGCUUGUUCACUACACAUGGGAGGCGUUUCUUCGUGAGUUACAAUCUCUUGAAGAGGAAAUACAGCCAUUAUUGUGUGUAGGAACAACAAAAAAGGAAAAUGAAGAAGAAAAAGAAAAGGAGGGUGGAAUAGAUGUAGAGGAUGUUCGUCAUCUUGUAACACGUGUUGUUAAGGUUCUUAAUAUGUUAACAAUGGGAACCUCUUCUUCUUUCACAUCCACAGAUACUGUGAUGAGUAUAGUACAUCCUAAACGUGGUCAUGUUGUGAUAUCUACAUCUGCAAAGGCUAAAGUAAUUGUACAGUCACUUGGUAAAUGGCUUCCGUUGUGUGGAGAACUUCUCUAUUCUAUGAUCCCUCAUCGAGAGGAGGAGGAGGCGAAGAAGGGGAACACUGGAGAUAAUAGUGCUGAUAAUAAUGAUAAUGAGGAAAAGGAGAAGAAGAAAGAGAAAGUUGAAUGUAAUGAAAGUAAAAAAUUAACAACACCUGAAGCGAAUGAAUGGAUUCGAUCUAUACAACAAAACGUUCAACGUGUAUUUAUGCUGUUAGAGGAGUUUAAUGAAACAUCACCAUGGAUAGUUGUGCUUGCUGAUAUAGUGGCUCGUACAUUUUAUAUGAGACGCGAUCAAACUGUACAACAACACAAUCCCAAUAAACUGAAGACGGAUGGAAGUAAUGAUAUAUAUACAUCUAUUAUUCCUCCUUGCGAAGAUAAAGAACAUGAGGCAUUAAAAGCCUUCUUCACAUGGUAUAGUAAGAGAGGCGAUACACACUCUUCCUUUAUCUCCUCAUCCUCCUCCUUAUCAUCCCCAUCAUCUUCCGCGGUGUCCACUCAACGUACAUUAGUAGAGGCCUGUACAGCAAAGAUGGGUCAUGUCGUCUCCUGCGCACUGGAUAAAACGAAUCCUCCAACGAAUCUUAGUAUUCGAGUCUUACGGGUAUUAUUGGUCCAACGUCCAAUUGCUACUUUACAGCAUUUUUUAGGUGUUCUCUCUCCUAAUAAUAGUGUAACAGCCGCAUGUGAUUGUGAGGCUGCUAUUACUGAUAAGGGAAGAUCUAGUGAAUCACGAUCGAGUGCAUUUAUGGAGGAACCUCUGGAAGGGAAUACAGUGGCAUUGACAUUCUUCCCAAAAUACUUCACAGUGUUUAGAACUAUAGAACAAGCAAUAGUGAGUCUAUGUAGUGAACUGGUUCCACAUAAUACAAGUAUGAAUGCCACUACUGAGAAUACUAAUAAUAAUAAUAAUAAUAAUAAUAAUAAUAAUAAUAGUAUUCCAGUGGAUGUGGUGGAGCGUUUUAUUGGAGCCGCACUAGAUGAGUCCUUUGCAACUUUUCAUUCCCACACAGUAGCCACAAGUGAGUGGCUUAUGUUCUUGGCAUUUCUCUGUAGUGACACUCCACUCUUCGACACACACGCAUUACUACAUAUUCGUCAAGCCGCACGUCGUUUCUUCGCACCAGGCCGUUUAAUGCUUACACAUCUUCAUCGUCAGAUUGUCCAGCUGCAGCGAUAUGCCCUAGUGGCAUUCUUUCUCCCACCACUGCGUGCUAUUGGUGUAGACUACAGUACAGCAGCGGAUAGAGAUCAUGUGAGUUGUGCUAUGCGAUACCCACUUUCUGCAGAAGUCGCCUACUUUCAAGAACUUCCACGGGGUUAUUAUAGUCGACAGCCACUGCGACUGGCAUUGAAUGCGAAAAACGAUGCUUUACAUUUCUUUCAUGAAUUACUCAUGUCUCCAUCAGCCGUAACAACAACAACAACAACAACAGCUACUACUACUACUACUACUACAAAUAAGAAAGUUUCAGCAGAGUCCAAGACGCAAAAGGAGGAAGACAGUAUAGUAACACGUAGUCUAUUUAUUGAUAUUAUCGCACAUGUGGGAGUGUUGGUGGCGUCUCGUGUGCGUGGAGACUCUGACCGCCGUGCGUUGUCUGAGCCACUCACUGUAGAUGUGAUGGCUUCUAUGUUCUUUGGUGUAUUGCGACUCUGCAGUAGUGUUACUUAUUGGGAUGCCACUAUUAGACAUGAUGUUCAGCGGUCUAUUGUAAAGAGAUUAUGUGCCAUUCGAGCAAAUAAAUCCACAGUAAUUAAUAAUAAUAAUAAUAAUAAUAAUAAUAAAGAAGAGAAGAGUCCUUUACCAAUGGCAUUUCUACUGCGUGGUGGAUGUACACUAGAGAAGGAAGAAGAGGAUAAGAAUAAGAAUAAGGAAGAGAAAGAUGAUAAGAUAAAGAAGACUACAGCAGAGGAAUAUGCAGAAGUGCCUCAUGCGUGGAAUGACUGGUUUUGUGCUGCAGAGUUUGAAGAUAUCGACUCCCGUGCGGGAACAUGUGCAAUGACACUUCUUCGAAUUUGUAAUCGUGCCUAUAUGAAAUAUAUCCCAACACGUACACUGUUAGCACGCCGUGCGGCAUUGGAACAGUAUGCAUUGAAAGAAAAAGAGUUGGGCUCACAGGCACGAGCCAUUGCAUUAAUGGAAGCCGCUAUACAGCAGGAUGUGAAGAUGAUAAGAAAACAAUUUGGUCAAAAGGUAGAACCAACAACAACAACAACAACAACAACAUCAUCACAACAACAGCAACAACAGCUGGUUCCACCCAAAGAGUCUGUUGUAGUGGAAGCAAAUAAUGAGGCGAAUAAAGAAGAAAAGGGUGUUGGAGAGACUCAUACCACAACGGAAGAUGUGAAUAAUCAAAGUAAGAAGGAAGAACAAGUACUUCCUCCCCGUGAUGAGAAACCUCUACCUCUUGCCGUAGUGAAACUAUAUAUUGAGAGUAUUGUAGUAACACUCAUGCAACGGGCAAGGAUGUCUGUAGUGGAUGGAGUGACCGCUGGUGUGGGAUUAAAGAAAUGGAUGGAAGGAGUGGCACGUGCUUUUGAGCCGCAGGCCAUAUUAGAGACGGUACGCCGUGUUGUGCUGCGAGCGAAUACGAAACUCACAUACGCGACAAAACUUGAAUGUGCCUCAUUAUCUGCGUUUUUGGGAAUUAUCGCUGAUGAGAUUGCGUUGCCGUACAAAUUGAGUUUCUUUGUUCCUCGCGUUAUUCAUGCAAGACAAACACCACCACCACCACCACAAAUGCAGAUCCUCCAGCAACAACAACAACAACAGCGAGGAACGACAUUACCCACUACUGAUACCGUGGGAGAUAAAAGUAAUAAUAAUAAUAAUAAUAAUAAUAAUAAUAAUAAUAAUAAUAACGAUAAUAGCGAUAGUAAUGAAUGGAUUCGUCGUACUCUUCCAGGAUCGGAAAAGGAUGCUGUGUCACUUCUUCGUCUUUUUAUCGCAGAUACAACCCGUGCUGUGGUACGUUUUCUUAGUGAGAAUACCCCUCUUGGGGAUUGGAGAGCUUAUUCAAUUGUAUUUCACCUCCGGCGCAUAUUAGGCCUCGUGAAACAGUAUGAAUUGUCUUUCCGAACAGCAUUAAACAAACGAUUGGAACAAUUGGGUAUGCCUCCUAUUACUACUAGUAGUACGAAUACUGCUACUAUUACUACUACUACUACUGCUACUAGUACCAGUACGAAUACGACUAGUGUCUCUUCUGUGUAUUCUUCUGGCGAUGGCACACACCCCAUACAACUGUUGGCUUCCGUGGAAUGUCCGUUACUUCCAAACAUGCCGGCAACCGCAACAGAUGUCGAUCAUCUCUUUGGCGGUAUACCGCAUUCUUCAGAGACGUCAUUAGGGAAGAAUAACACAACGGCUUCAACGACGGCAGUUCUGCAUGGAAGUAAGAGUUACAACAAAGAGGGUAGAAGGAAUUGGAUCUCUCAAAGUGGAGGAGACGCCUCCAAACAGAAACGGUAUCGCAGCGGGGAUGAUUCUUACUCACACCGUCAUGUACGACGUAAAAAUGGCCCUCGCAAUACCGCAGAGUGA